GUCCGACGCGGCCUGACCAUGCCCGGGACGGUUUGGUGCGGCGCCGGAGACUCGGCGGGCAACUUCUCCCACUUGGGGGUUUUUCAGGGCCCAGAUGUGUGCUGCCGAGAGCAUGACCAAUGUAGCAUUUUCAUCACAGCCCUGGCAUACAAGUAUGGGAUACGCAAUCUCCGCCUUCACACCAUCUCUCACUGCGAUUGCGAUGCCCGGUUCAGGGAGUGCCUGAGGAAUCUCAACAACACCAUGGCCAACUUUGUCGGUACGACCUACUUCAACGUAUUUCAAAUCCCCUGCUUUGAGCUGAAGGAAGGCGAGGACUGCGUGGAGUGGAACUGGUGGGGCAUGUGUAACAAGUACGCCCCAAUGCCUGUGGCUCACUUGGUGGAAGCGAGCCCGUAUGAAUCCAUCUCGCCACCCACCCCAGCACCCCAGCCUGGAACUCGGAGCAGCCAGGACAGGAAGCACAACCAGAAGAAACAGAAGCAGAUGGGACAAGCCCACCUGAGCAGAGCUGGGCGGAUGCACCACCUCGCUGCUUCCCGGAGCUGCAGGUGCUACCAACGCCUGGAUCAGUGCCCGUACAAGAUUGGGCCUCAUGAGGUCAAGUACCAGCUGCACAACACGGACUCUCGGACCCUCUUUCACUGCAACUGCACCCGUCGACUGGCCCGGUUCCUGCGAAGGACUAGAGGUCCCAAUGAGGUUGAAGGGGAAGUCUUGUCCGACUACGUCUCCGCCUCCUGUUUUGUCCUGCAAGCCCCUCCAGGUUGCAUGGAGGGAGAGGAAGAGCAGUCCAAUUGCAUUGACGUUGGCCGAGCCGUCCUGGGCCGGGCCCGGCACCUCACCAACAGGCUGAUGCGCAAGGCUGUGGGCUUCUCCUCCAAGGUGAAGCGACAAGACCAGGUGCCCCUGGGGAGGCCCGUCCAGCUGUUUGACACCUGCCUGCAGCUGAAGAAGGCCACGCUCCGCGCUGAGCCCCACUGAGCCCAUUGCAGCCUCUUUCCGUUUAGACGCAGGGGUGACGAAACCCCGGAAUACAUCACAGCCCAGCCCAGCCCAGCCUGGCACACAUCGAACAAAGAGGGCUUCGCUAGGGGAUCCUGACCGGCAAGAUGGACCCUGGCGUGAUUUUGGUGCUUUAUUUAUUUAUUUAUUUAUUUUUAUUCAGAUGUAUGUGCUGGUUUCAGGAAAUUGACUUUUUCAGGAAAUUGACUUAAUUCCUCAGACCUAUGAUACCGCAGGGCUUCUGACUCGCCAGGUUUCAAGUUCAAUUUAUUGGCCCUCAUCCAGCCCAUCACAGCAUCCAAGCGCUGGUGCACGCGCUGCACGACCACGCCUGAGUCAGAUGUUCUGGAAAAAAUAUGGCUGGGUGUCAUCUGUGUACGGCUGACCCCUCGCUCCAAACGCCCGGAUGCCCGCUCCCAGCGGCUGCUUAUAGGUGUGCAAGGGGGCUGAGCUGCGCUCCCCUGACACCCCUCUCCAAGACCGACCCCUUCUGUAGGAACGGAACGACGGAAGUACAGAACUGUGGCUUUACUUGUCUGCUGGAUGCUUGGGGCCAUGGCCUUGCUGGGCGGCACAUCGGCCCUCUCCACAUGCUCCUGAAGCUGAGCCUUAGCAAAAGUCAAGCAUGCCACUUACUGCGUGGGCACAGGCCAAGGUUGCUGUCCGUAGGCCUCCCACUUGAGGGACACUGGCCUUCCUUCAUGGGGUGAGGGGUGGCGUAAGAUUCAAGGGGUUCCACAACUUCCACCAAUGCCCAGCACUUUGGGAAGUUGCCAGAUGCCCAGCAAAGUUUGGAGAGGCCCAGACUGAUGUGUGUGUGGGGGGGGGGGUUGAAGAGGGAGCUUGGUGUCCUACUGCUGGCCCUCAAUGGGGGUGAACCCAUGAACCUGAUUGGUGGGAGAUUCAGGACAGAUAAGAGGAUGGACUUCUUCUUACAGUGCAUGGUUCAAAUGUGGAAUUGGCUUCCACAUGAUGUAGCGUUGGCUACUAGUUUGGAUGGCUUUAAAAGGUGAUGGA